UGGGACCCACAACUGACAGCAGUAGUAGUGCCAUCGGAAAAGCUACUACCGGCACCGGAAGAGAAGUACGGGAAGUUUCCCCUGCUCUCUUCCGCGCUCCAUAUAUAGCCGGCCUCUCCGACCGGCACCGGAAGAGAAGUACGGGAAGUUUCCCCUGCGCUCUUCCGCGCACCAUAUAUAGCUAGCCUCUCCGACCGCCAGAAGCCCGGAAGCAUCAAAGCAACGCACACACACAAGCGCAAGCGAGUGCGGACGUAUCGAGGUGGCGGAUGCCGGCGAAGCGGCGGCGGGAGGGCGGAGGAGGAGGCGGCGACGGAGGAGUAGGAGGUGGUGAUGGUGGAGGAAGGUAUAAGAUGCCGGCGGCGGCGCCGGCAUCUCCUGUGCCGGCGCUGAAGAGGCGGUGCCGGUCGUUUGACCUUGAGAUUAGGGGCUGCAGGCACCUCCAGGAGCUCACCACAAGGGUGGAAGCGAUCGAGACUGCUGUUAGCCGGAUUCCAGAAGAGCUGAGAAAAGUACUUACAAGCUACUUCAAUCAUAUCCCUGUACCAAGAAUUGAACAGAACCUGCCUCCAAUCUACAAACUCAGCUUUGUGAAUAGCUUGAGUGAUGAAAUCUAUACAAAGAGGAAGGUCCGGGCAGCUGGCGGGGAUCUUAUCAAGAUAAGAGUCUCUGUGAGCAAUCAGCAGGGCAGCGAUUCUCCUCACCUUCUUUCUGCCAAAGUCAAGAUUGUAGUUCUCGAUGGCGACUUCAACGCAGAUAAUCACGAUGGUUGGACACCGGAGGAGUUCAGCAACCAUAUUGUACGCCCACGUGACAAAGUCGGGGUGGUGCUUACAGGAGAUACGGAAUUGAAUUUGAGAAACGGUGAGGCGUAUCUUGAAAACGCUACUUUCGUUGAUAACUCAAGGUUCACAAGGAGUGGAAAGUUUAGGCUUGCGGUAAGCCUUAUUGAUGAUCUUGGUGUACGAGUCCAAGAAGGUAUAACUGAACCUUUCAUUGUGAAGGACCGCCGUGGGGAAGGAUCCAAAAAACGUGACAUUCCAAGGUUAGAUGAUGAAGUGUUUCGCUUGAAGAAGAUUUCAAUGAAUGGUGUCUACCACAAGGCACUGAAACAGAGUGGCAUUCCCACAGUGAAGCACUUCUUGAGGCUAUAUCAUAAAGAUGCAAAUGCUCUACGCAAUGUUCUAAGCAACGCCUCACAGUUAGUCUGGACAACUAUUGUUGAUCAUGCUAAGAUGUGUGAUCCUGGGAGAUCCCUUUACUCUCACUUUAUAAAAGACAAGGAUAUUAGGUUGUACUUCAGUUCUACUGGUCAGAUUGUUGGAGCAACAAAAGCUGACCAGUAUAAUGCUUUCGGUGAUCUUGAUACGCCUCAGAAGGCUCUAUUGGAAGAAUGGAGUAAGGAUGCAUAUGAAUCUAUGACCUACCAUCAACCUGAUUAUGAAAUGUAUAAUAGCCAACCAAGGCCAAUUAACCAAAGUAUUCUCCAGGGAUUGAUCAUGGCAGGGCCUAAAUCUACUGAACCUACUGUUUUUCCAGAUAAAAUUACUCAUGAAGCUGAUAAGCAAGACAUUUUGAAGGACAAUGAACUUUCUGGUUGUCACUCCCAGCAAUGCACGAUCAGAAGGCUUGGAUCUGUGCGAGUGAGACCUUUACCUUCUGCGCAUGAAAACAAUGAUGUGAUUGAUGCGACUUUUGACAUUGAUAUCCAGCUGUGUUCUGAUUUUGAAAUCCAGUAUGAAGCUCCGGAUGCAAAUUGCAUUACAGGUUCAGUGACGGUCCCAUGCCCGACUAUUGCAGCAAAUGAAACUAUAGGAUCAGUGGAACUGGAUCGAGUAGCCUUGACAAUGGAUCAGGGAAGUUAUCAUGUGCCUUUCACAAAUGAUGAUUCUUCACUUUUUCAAUGUUUCCCAGAGCAACAAGUGGCUUCCCAGUGUGCAUCUCCUCUCUUUCUAAGCAUUCAAGCUGAUCGUCCUGUUUUAUCGACACAAAACAGCUUCGUAGACAGCCAAAUCUACGAGAUUUUAAAGAACUCGGAGCAGAAUGAGCUGUUGCAAGACUACCUCGGUGACGACUUUCCUCAGUUAUCUGCGCUCAAUGUUAGCAAGUCCAGAAAGCCAAUAAUAUAGGCGAAGUGCGGGAGACGAUGCACCCUCUAGAGAAACACGACGGUGAAUGUAUAGACGGUAAAUAUUGAGCGUUUAAGUAUGAGAGGCAAAUAACGAGAGGUUGAAUGUAUAGGAGGCAAAUAUUAGACAUUUAGGUAUGUGAGGCAAAUAACGGAAAAUUGAAUAUAUUUUUGGAAGGAGAAAUGGGUUCAACUUUGAUCAACUUAGGUGGAUAGUGAAGAUCGAUUGGAUCUGACAUAACUUGUACAUUUUGUAGAAGUACACAAGCUUUCUAAAAAACUGCAAGAGUUUAGCAGA